AACUCUAAUAUGAAAAAAUGAAGCCAGUAGUCGACGAAAAAAUGCACAGACACGGGAACAAGAGUUCAUCCCCCUCCCACUCACUAUUUAUUAGCUACAUACUAAAAAUGGGUCGUUUAGAUGGAAAAGUUAUUGUGUUGUCAGCAGGGGCUCAAGGCAUGGGAAGAGCAGCCGCAGAGGCAUUUGCUAAAGAGGGCGCCACUGUGUACGCUACUGACAUCAACAAGGAGAAGCUAAUGGAGCUAUCUGGUGUAGCAGGUAUCACCCCAGAAGUUCUUGAUGUCACUAAAAAAGACGACAUUGUAGCUUUUGCCGCAAAAAUACCAAAAAUUGAUGUACUCUUCAAUUGUGCAGGGUUUGUCCACAAUGGUACCAUACUGGAGACUGAUGAGGCAGCAUGGGACUUUAGCUUCAAUGUCAAUGUGAAGAGCAUGUACCUGAUGACCAAAGAAUUCCUACCAAAGAUGAUUGCACAAGGAAAAGGAAACAUCAUCAACAUGGCUUCAGUUGCUUCAAGUAUUAAAGGAGCUCCCAAUAGGUGUGUGUAUGGGGCCACUAAAGCUGCAGUGAUAGGCUUUACCAAGGCUCUAAGUGCUGACCACAUAAGCCAAGGUGUAAGAUGUAACUGCAUAUGUCCAGGGACUGUUACCACACCUUCUCUGCUGGGGAGAAUCAAUGCCCUCCCAGACCCUGAACAAUCCAUGAAGGACUUCAUUGCUCGUCAGCCAAUGAAAAGAAUGGCGGGGCCAGAGGAGGUUGCUCAUCUUCUUGUCUACUUGGCAUCAGAUGAGUCACAAUUUACUACUGGAUCCUCAGUGGUGAUUGAUGGAGGGUGGAGCAACUAGAUGUCAAUGUUGUCCAUAUGUCAGCAUUGUUAUAUAUGGAUAAUAUUAGUCAACAUGGA